UAAAGUCAUAUACGUUAGUUUUACUGAACUCGCAGUCUAUAAUUUCUAAAAUUAUAUUAAAGUAUGCAAAAUAUGAUAAUUAACUUAUGUUUUUUGUCGUAAAAAGAAAUAAGCUUUCGAAUAUUUAUUUUAUAUUUUAUUUCUAAAAUUCUUAGUCGUUAUUUUUGUUGAGCAUGGACAAGCUCAAACGAGCAUUAAGCGGAGACGAAGUCGAAGAACAAGGCAUAACAUCUCAGAUACGAGAUGUAUCAACUCUCAGUUGGUCAACUAGGAUUAGGGGAUUUAUCAUUUGUUUUGUGUUGGGAUUUGUGUUUUCUAUAAUAGGCUCUGCAUGCCUUUUCUUGAAGAAUGGUUUUAUUCUGUUUGGUGUUUUCUACACCAUAGGAAAUGUCACAGCUUUAGCUAGUACAUGUUUCCUCAUGGGUCCUCUCAACCAACUAAAAAAGAUGUUUGCUUCAACUCGAAUUAUAGCAACAAUUAUUAUGUUGGUCUCCUUAGUUCUCACCUUGUGUGCUGCAUUUUGGUGGAAAAACAUUGGGCUUACUAUCCUGUUUUGUAUUAUACAGUUUUUAGCUAUGACUUGGUAUUCCAUCUCAUACAUUCCUUAUGCCAGGGAUGCAAUCAAGAAAUGCUUUGACUCGUGUAUCAGUUGAAGCUUGUAUAUUCACAUCCAAGUGUGAAAGUGAAGUUUGAACCUCUGUGUUAUAUGUGAAAAUCUUGUUUGAUUGAUUUGUAACGUUCAAAAUGGUAACAGGGUAUUGUGCCUUCUCUUUCUAUUGUAGCCUAUAUUUAUUGAUUAUUAAAUGAUGUUCCUGUUUCUUAAAAUUUUGCUAUUAUUAUAAGAUAAAGGUUAAGAAUAUUAAAAGUUUAUAUGAAAAAUUUGAGCUACAUCAAAAUAUAAAUACAUUUAUCCUGGAAUCAAAGAUGGUCUUAAUUGUAGAUGGGGAAAUCAUUAUUUGGCAAGAAAUGAACUGAAGAAUUGUCUAAUCGGUCCACUUAAAUUUUUGACAACAUCAACUGUUUUUCUACAGUUUUGUCAUAAAAUAAGAUCUUUUCAACUUGAAAAAUUUAUUAGUUGGUAGUGUAUCAUUAAAACUAUGUUAAUUUGUUGCUGAUUUAAAUUUCAGGAGCUACAAUUCAAAUAAUUAUUGUUCUGUGUUUAUUACUCAAAUAGUCAAUAGCUUUAUUCUGUGACAACAUAUGUUGUAGGUUAUAACUCAUUGGAUUGGAGGUGUAUGGAACAUUAUUUAUAAAAAAAACAAACAAAAAAAACAUGUUAAAUAUGUUACAUAUUUGCAACCUAGAGCUAUAUAAAAUUAACCAAAGUACUUUGUAAAAUUCUAAUACUUCUUUGACAAAAAGAGUUACAUUUUUAGGAACUUUUAAUAAUGAUGGUUUUUAUUAGAUUUUCAAUGUUAGCUGUUUUUAAUUACAAGUGAAUUUCUAGUGAAAGCCAAAAAAUAUGUUUAGAAAUUAAACUUAUUUACAGUUUAUUUGUUUCCCUUCAGUUUUGUGAUAAGAUGUAAAACAAAAGUUAGAUCUAAUUGGUCAUGUAAGUCUUUAAACUCUUCCUAAGUCAGAAAUUCCCACAAAUUAUAAUUGAAAAUCUUAAAUUUGUGCUGUUCUAUUAAUGCUUAUAAUUAUUCUUGCAAAAUUUACAAAUUAAAAUUUGAUUCCUAUUUUAUACAAAGCUUAAAGGUAAUAACUAAGUAGUAAAUCUUUGGAAACUGUUUUAAUUUUGUAUAGAGAAAGUUGUCUAAAGUGUAUGAUUUAGUUAACCAGUUUUUAUUUGUUUUAUUUAAAGUGCCAUAUUGUUUAAACACUUUUUUCAGGUUAGUCAGUAUGAUGUAAUGUUGUCAAAGUCAUGAAGUUCAAUGAUAUUUCUGUUUAACUUCUUUUUUAAAAAAACAAACAAACUAGUAUCAUAUAAAGUUAUUUUAUAAAUUCAUGUAUGAAGUAUUUUUCCAAAAUUUCAAACUUACUACUUGCUGUCAUUGUUACUGCCAGUUUUUAGUCAUAAAAUAAUCAUUUUGUGCAUUAGUUUGAAUAAGCUGAAAAGAUUUGUUUUAAAAAUGAUUCUACUAUUGGAGGAGAGACAUGGUUUGUUGUUUUUCAGAUUUAACUGUUUAAGGAACACUAGUGCUAUAGUAUGUUCCAGAUAGUCAUAUAUAUAUAUAUAUAUUGAAAACAUGUCCUUAAGAGGGAUUAAUUUUGUGGCUUUUUCUGACUUGGAGCUUAUACUGUCAAAUAUUUUCUAUACUAUUUUUCGAGCAUUUUUUUACAUCUCUUUGAUAAUGCCAUAUUCUUGUAAUUCCUGUAAAUGAACUCAUAUUUUUCUGAUGGAUACAUAAGAACGUUUGUAAUUAUAUAAUUAUCAUAGUUUGAUAUCAAAUUUUUACACUGUAGUAAUGAAAAUAAUAUGAGAAGGAUUAAUGUGUAAUGAAUUAUACAGAUGUACAGAUUUUUAAAUAUUGUGUAGCAAAAAAAAAAUCUUGUAACAGUAUAGACAGAUCUUGUUACCCGAGGAAUAAUGAUGAGGAGCUUCAGAAAGUAAUUAAUUUUUUGUACAAAAAAGAUUAUAUACAGUUGCAUAUCUUGUUUGUAAUUAGUUUUAUGCAUAAAUAAACUUAAUGUUUAAAUGUCAAUUUAUUUGAAUUUAAUAUAAUUUAAUGACAAUUACAAAGUUUUAUUGUUCAACAAAGCAUGUAAAAGUUAAUAUGACAAUAUUUUUCUCGUAUUUAAAACAUUUAUAUAUUUUUAUAAGUUAUUACUGAUAAUUUAAUUUAGUAAUUAUGCAUUCCAGACCAAAGUUAGAGGGGGGAAAUAAUAGUUUUUAAGUCUUAGCCACUGAGACUCUUACUGUGGAGUAUUUUUUGUAAUUAUUUCUAGUUUCACUUAAUUUAAGUCAUAAUGUUUAUUUCUAAUAAUUUGAUGUAUGUAAUAUUCAUUGUAUCUACCAACACGGCAUGUGUAAUAGAAAUUUGAAACUAAAAAAAUUGUACUGUA